AUGGGGCAUACUCGCAAGAAGAAAAAGGGGCAUAAGAAACGAACUUCACGAAAAGACAAGCCAGAUAAUGAGGUCCCGACAUCGUCAUCAAGUGCUCGCCAGCACGAGGCGCGGGAUGACGAGGCAUCUGCAUCCGAUUCUGACUCGGACUACGCCAACAACCUGGAUCUAAUCCAGGUAAACCUCAAACGCUCUCCCGCCCACGUCAUUGCCAUCCAAGACCCUCCACCAGAGUUCGCUUGGAAAUCAUGUCCAGGCUACAACAUUGAGUAUCUCCCAGCAAGAGAGCUUUUGGAGAAUGACAAUCCGAAAACGACAGAGGACCCUGUUCCAGUCAAGCUUGUCGGUUUUUAUGUUACCCAGUCGAUCGGUCCAAGUGACUGGAGGAUCGAUUGGCGGGAACAUGAUAACGACCACUAUGGCUCGGUAGCUUCCAUGUUUCUCAAUACGUCCUGCGGCAAGAUAACGAUUCACAACGUCUACAACAACAAUCAAUCCAUCUUCAUGUCAAUACUAUUGACGGAUUCCGAUCAUCCUGUCAAUGGCGAAAGUGCCGUAAUGGUUGGGGACUUCAACCUCCAUCAUCCGGGAUGGGGUGGAGAUAGGGUUGCGCAGGUUGAGAAAGACGCCGAAAUUCUUCACCAGGCUAUAAGCAUGGCGGGCAUGCGAUGUUUGUUGCCACCCGGCCUAAGGUCUUACUCACGGUCGGCUACCGACUCCGGCGAUUUCUCAACCACGAUCGAUUUGGCCUUUGCCGGUCAGAGGCUGCAGUCUCGGGCUCAUCCCACUCGAGCGCUGUCAGUACCUGGAUUCGAUUCAGACCACCGGCCGCUCCACACCAGGAUCUCCGUUGCGCCCAAUCGAGACAAGGAGCCACGCUGCAACUGGGACAAAGAAAAUGAAAAGAAAUACUGCAAAGAAGUCAAACAGCAAUUUCUCACGAUCGGCUGCCCCACUAUCGGAACUGCAGCUGAGGUUGAUGAUUACGCCAAAGCGCUUGUGCUGGGCAUCUACGAAGCUGCUCGCCGGACCAUUCCCUGCUACAGAAAAACCGCUCCGCGGCCGAAGCCCGAAGUGGUCCCGGAAGACGUCCAACGCGCUCGUGAGAACGAGGAGAAUCAGCUUCGCAUUCUGCAUGAGCUUCGAUGUCGACGCAAACAGCGAGUCCAAGAGGAGAAGUGUCGCAUUGCUAAGCGUGAAACCCGUUACGCCACCAAGAUGCACAAGCUGGCUUCGUUUCGAGAGAAUAUUGCUAGUCAGGCUUCUCAAUUACGGGGUCUUCAUCAAUUAGCGAGGCAGGUUCCAUUGUGGAGUCAACUGCAACGACAGGUCCAUCUCAAGAGGCUUAUACGACCUGAUGGCUCUGUCUGUCAGACCGAUGACGAAAGCUUGCACUGCUUCAAGGACAAGAUUUGGCCCAAAACGAGCGAUGCCUCUGACCCGCCGGCUCCUGAGAUACCCAAGCUUGACCCCAAGCGUCCCCAACUCUUUACUCCUCAGUGUAUCAGCGAUGAUGAGUUGCAUGACGCAUUCACCUCGGUGGAAAGAGGCAAGGCUGCCGGGCCAGACGAUAUCAUCAGCAACGCUCUCAAGGUUGGGUGGGCGGAGAUUUACAAAUACUUCAAACAUCUCGUCAAUGCCAGCUUCAAGAUGCAAUUCGCAUGCGUCGGAAGGAGCACCACCGAGGCCCUAGAGCGAGUUCUGCAAAGACACGCUGCGGGCCGCGUCGCUCUGCAACCCAGACGCCGCUAG